UAGGCCGCGACAGGAUCGCAUGAUGCGCGUGCGCAGCGUUCAUUCUUUUCAUUAUUUUCGUCUCGACAAUAUUUGUAAACCAAACGUCAGUUCAGUUGUAAGAAAAUUCGCGAGUGAAUUGGUCGUUAUCAAAGUGCUCUCAAAUAACUAAUAUUGUUAAAUGAGUAUGAAAUACAAAGUGAAGUGAAUUUUGUUCAUAUUUUUAAUGAAAUAAAAUAUAUAACGUUGUGGACCAAAAAUUGAAAGACAUGAUGUACCUUUCAUGAAAUGGGUUUGUUAAAGCUUUAUAGUAUAGUUGACUGUUGGUAGUUAAUUAAUAGUUGUAGUUAGUGUGAAUAGUAGAAAUUUGUAUAUUUAGUUUGGUACCAAACUGCAAUGAUGGAGGGAAAUCUCAAAAGUAAACUGGCUCUGGUGCUAGUGGCGGCGUGGUUUGGCGCGGCGGCCGGCCAGCCCGUGGAGUGCGACGGCUACCAGUACAACUGCACCGAGGGCCAGUACUGCGACCUGGCCGUCUUCAAGUGCCGCCGGUGCAUCGACUGCGCGGAGUUCAAGCGCAGACCCCCCCGAGACCACACCAACAACUGCAUCACCUCGGUUGUUGACUGCGGAGACUGCUUUGAAGGGUUGACGGAGGACGUGCAGGGGCUGCAGUGCGCGGCGGCGCCGGUGUCGCCCGCGUACGUGUGGGUGGCCAUCGCGGCGGGCGGCGUGCUGCUGUUCGUGGCCGCCGUGGCCAUCGUGGUCUACGUGCUGCGCAACACGCACACCUUCCGCGUCUUCGCCUCGACCACAUCUCUGCAGCCGAGCUGCGUGAGCAGGCCGCCCGCGUCGGCGCCCGAGCCGCCGCCGCCGUACAACACGCUGUACACGCCCGUGCGCCCCGACUCGCCACCUAACGCCCCGCUGCCGCCGCACUUCACUGACGAAGAAGCGGCAAGCCCGUUCAUAAAGCGUCCGCCGCCGUCGACGCCGGCGCGCGAGGCGGCCGGCCACCAGGAGGCCAACGUGUACAACAACCCCAGUUACGUGCGCGGCCCGAACCUCCCCUCCGACCAUCACCCGGCGGAGCUGGUGUCGGAGCCCGAGUACCUGCACGACGAGACCACGGCCGAGAGCGCGUGGCGGCCCGACGACAGCGCCAACAAUAACACACACGACAACUCGGAGGUUGGCAGCAGCAGCGGGUCGUCGAGCGCGGGCGCGGGCGCGGGCGGGCCGCUGUCGGCGCAGCUGGCGGCCGCGCGCGGCACCACGCUGGUGCGCCCGCCCUGCCAGGACGCCACACCCUCCAAGGUGCCCCGCCUUAGACAGGAUACGAACAACAACAGGAACAACCGCGAGCGCGAGGACGAGGAGUCGCUGCCGCGCGCGGGCGCGGGCGCGGCGGUCGGCGCCACCUUCAACAUCCUCCUCAACGUGCAGCAGGUCAACGACGUCAAGCUCUGAGCCGCCCGGCCCCCGGUGCUACGCUACGACGAUCCACGCUUGCUCAAUACUCGUUUGCUCAAGCUGAGAUUUACGAAGCAUUUAACCGCUCAAUGAGAUUAGCUAGUUAUAUGUCUUACACGCGCAUCGGUGUCAGUAUUAUCUAUCUACCUCCGUUAGGUUGAAAGCUAAAUAUAAAUCCCUGACUAGCUGUGCGUUGUAGUGUGUAGUUUAAACGCGAUAUUUUAAAACCCUAAUGUGGGUUAUUUAACUAUUAGGCUAAAUGUAUAUCGUUAGGAUACGUUGUUUACGAACGGUAUGCAAUAUUCGUAAAUAGGUGAUCUUGAUACAUUUAUUAUAAAGCGCGUGUGUUUGUUCCUAGUGAUAAUGUUUACCUAGUUUUAAGGAAAGUCGUAAACACAACUCGAGCACAUUUAAUUUGUUUUAGUUGUGUAUUUGAUCUCGAUGCCAAGGUUACAGUCAUAUCUAUGAAAAAAGUAAAAAAAAAGUCAUACCUUUGGCCAUAGAACCUUUGGCCAUAUUUAAAAUUAAUUGUAGCAUAAUGAUAUAAUAUACUUAUUUUAUUAUAAUAUAGAAAUGCUUUUUAUUCUUUUAUACAUUUUUCUCUGCUCGUCUUUAUCACAGAAUUGUCCUGAGGGAUGAAUGGAAUAGGCUUUGCUCGACUUAAGUUUUGUAGUUAUGUUUAUUUUUGGAUGUACACUAAUGAAACGUAUACUACCUAUAUUCGAAUGAUGUACAAUUACUUUUAUAGGUGAGGACGAUUUAAAACAUCGCAGAAUUUUAUUAUAAUCCGUCAUUUGAUCGAUUUUCGAUUAAAAAGUACAAGAUUAAAUGUAAGCACUGCGUAUAAGCUAACAUUCAACCGAUCCGUUUAAUCCAGAUCAUUGUAAGGAGUGACUAGAGUGGCCGCUAGCCGCGCGAACAUUUGUCAUCGGAAAAUUUGCAGUGUUUUGAACACUACGAGAUGACUUGAACUUGGCCCUGUUUGUUCUCACCUUGGUGAGGCUACUGACUUCGAUUCUAAUCUCGCGAUGGGCUAUUGCUUUUAACAUUGCUAUUUGACGGCCUUCGAUAAGAUAGCUCGUCCGGUGGAAUUCUAUAUCGAUGCAUAUUGGGUCUAAUCGUUAAGUCUCCUGAAUAUUUUAUGUCUUGUCUGAAUUUGAUUGGUCCGCCUAGUUGUGCAACUAUGUUUUUGUGUCUUUUACUUUCAAACGAGCCAAUGAACUUGAGAAUAUAAGGUAUGAUUCACACCGUUCAAACGCAUCGACGUGUCGCAACUACGCAGUAAUAUUUUUUGGUAUUUCUGGUCUGAUAUCACGCUCGUUGUCCUUUGUUCGGUGAAAAUGUAUUGUUACGUUCAAUACUCGAGAAGCUUCAGACAUGUCCUAUGGAUUUGGUCUUAUUUUACUUCCAUAUGUGCUAAACACAGGUAUAAAAGCGUUCAAUGCGUAACAACCGGUCUAUUAGUUAUUCCUAUUUGAAAGUGUUUUUUUUUCUGCUUGGAAGGUAAUAGUUUAAUGUAAGUACGACAUUUUCAUUUUUACGAAUAAUUAGUAAUAGUAAUAAAAAUAUGUAGGUAGAUAUAUAUCCUGUUGUUCACGAAGACGCGUGUCUAGACUCAUACAUUUUGUCGUAUUCUUCUUUAAUAAUAUUAGACGUUCCUAAUAACUUUGUCCAUUUUGGCUUGCAACUUUAGUCCGACGUUCGACUAGAGCAUAAACUCACGACUGUAUCCCAAGAGAGGUAGGCAGUACACAUGACAUAGCUCAAUUUUCAGCGCUAACUAUUGGUAGUUCAGAGUUUUCGAAUGAAAAUGAAAUUGCGGUGUUGCAAUGACAGGUUGUUGGCAAUGCAAAUGUUUUAUUGGAGAAUGGUAGGAUUCUGUCUUUACUUCGAAUUUCAAAAUCUUAUUAUCGGAUCUGAUAUGUAGACGUUAGUUAAUAGAUUUCAUAGGUCCAAAGAAGUCUUAUAUCUCGUCAAAAGUACUUUUAAUAAUUAUUAAUGUAUGAAAAUUGUCUUCCAAAAUAUAUAUUAAUUUUAUUGUUUUAAUAAAUGAUUGUAUAUCUAUUUUUAACAUUGAAACAGAUAAUGCUUUUGGGAUUAUCUAUUAGUUUGGAGUUUAGUGUCUAGCUCUAGCUAACAGCCCGCCUCCUUUUAAAAGCGUCUUGUUGGUUAUCCAUUCAUUACUGGGAACCCGUGGCCUAUUUCAUGAAACUACAACUAACUUACAAAUUACAAGAAGCCCCUUUUUAACUUGUCAUACGAAACAGCGACUGCCACUUGUAUUUUGUACCUUGUAGCUUCGUGAAAUGGGCCACAGAUACAUGUUCACAGCAAUUGAUUUGUUUAUUUUGCAUUUUACAUGAUUCUGAAUGUGCUUUUCUUAACUGUUACUAUAUUAUCUGUCCCUUUGUCAUUACAUUAUUAUAUAUUAUACAUUUACCAAAUACUAGGCAAGAGCAAUGUAAGCGGGUCGCUCUUCGUGAGCUUUUCAUUGUUCUGAAGUAGUUUUUAUUAACAUUAUAGGUUGUAUCGUCUACAGUAUUAUCUGUAUGUGCUUCUCUUUUGAAAAAUUACAAUGUACAGUCAGCACAGAGUAUAUUGUCCUGGAAUAUACGCUCCUAGGUUCGAAUCCCGGUAACAGUUGACAGAGAUUUGUUCAAAUUUGAAUGUUGACAUUUUGUCAAUAGUUAGAGUCAAAAAUAUAUUAUGCAUAUAUUAUAUUAUAUACAUCACUAUGCAUUUAACCCUUAAAUGCAUAGUUAUGUAUAUAUACAUCGUCUAUUUUUGACUCUAUUGACAACAUGUCAAAAUUCAAAUUUGAAUCAAUUUCUGUCAAGGUCAUGCAUUUAAGGGUUAAGGGUCAAAAGUAUUUUUUAACGACGUGGUUACUGUAUCACAUGAUGAAUUGGGACGAUGAAUGAUUUAGGUUUUUUUUUAAAUAUGAACAAUGAGAACAAAUACAUAUGCCAUUUUUUUAAAGUAAAUUUGAAGUAUUAAACGACUAACGAGACAGUAUACCUUAUCGAAGCCUGGUUAAUUUAUAUCACUGCCAUUUUAUUGAAUAUGCGUUGCCUAUUAAUUACUUAAUUAUUAAGUACAGUCGUGUUCAGUUACAUGUAGGUACACUCGCGAACAUUUAUACCUGAACGAACACGCUUUUAUACUCAUAAUAUUAGUCGUGUUUAGAGAUUUUUGUUCGCGUAGAUCUAACUAAACGCGACUAUAUACUCUUAGGUACUACUUUACGUUAUCGCCUUGCUGUUGAUGAUGAUUUUAAAAAGGAAAUGCAUGUAAAAUAAGUUGUUUUUAUUCUCAACUGCCUAGUUUUCCAAAAUUAAUCCAACCCAAAAAUUAUCUAAAAUAGGGUCAUUGCUAGUAUCCAUCCACGUAGGUACGCUAGUUUUCGUCCAUGCACUGAAUAGCAAAUAAUUUUAUUUGCGAAACAUAAUUUUACGUAGAUAAUGUUUAGACAAUAAGGACUGCAAUAAGUGCGGCAAAGAAGGGUUAAUAUUAACAUUUCUUAAAAUGGACAACUAGCGCUGGAUGGAAACUAGCACAGUCACCUUGCCUCUUAUAACAAUGAAUGCUCCCGCGCGGCAGUUAAUUUUGAAAAGGAAAUUUGGACUACGUUUGUAUGAAGAAGCAGCUAGUCCAUUUCCCUCUUGAUCAGCUUUAUAACUAUUUGAAACUUCGAUUCAAGUGCCUUAUUAAUCUUUCAAUUGUUAUUCUGGCUGUGUAUGUGUAGCACUUAUGAAAACACACUGUUUUAUGUAAAUAUACAUAGAUUUAAAUCGUAAUGUAUUUAGUUUUAUUGUAAAAACCUUCCUUAGAGUUUUUCAGAAAUAUUAAGUACUUAAUAUUUCUAGUCACAAGAAAUAAUUGUAAAAGGAAGUUGUUAUGAUUGUAGAGGAAUUUUUUUACAAAUAAAAAUCUUUAUAAAAA